AAACCUCCGUUGCGGUCUCAAUUCCCCAUUAAUCUCAAACCAGCAACAUUCCAAGUGAGGAAUAUAGUUGCAGGUAUAAUUCCAAGGAUUGAGAAAAGCUCUGCUUCGGGAUUCCUCUAUAAUCUUGCACCAUCACCCAUCAAUCAAUUCGCAUCAUGUCGGAUCCUAUCCAGGUUGCCGGGAAGAGAAAGCGUGCCAGGACGCAAUCCUGCCCGCCUCCCGAAUUGCCCCAGCUCGUUGCGGAACAGCACACUCCCAUCCCUGCUCAUGACAAGGAGACCCAGCGUCUGAUUGUCGUUCUCUCCCAUGCCAGCUUGGAAACCUACCGGGCUUCCAGCGGACGCAAUGGUUCCGGUCGUGAUGAGAAGUACUCCCUGCUCAACAGCGAUGAGCACAUUGGUGUCAUGCGUAAGAUGAACCGGGAUAUCAGUGAGGCUCGCCCGGAUAUCACACAUCAGUGCCUGCUCACCCUGCUCGACUCCCCCGUGAACAAGGCGGGUAAGCUGCAGAUCUUCAUCCACACUGCCAAGGGUGUCUUGAUCGAAGUGAACCCUAGCGUGCGCAUCCCUCGUACCUUCAAGCGAUUCGCUGGUUUGAUGGUGCAGCUGCUGCACCGCCUCUCCAUCCGUUCCACCAACUCCCAGGAGAAGCUCCUGAAGGUCAUCAAGAACCCCAUCACCGACCACCUUCCCCCCAACUGCCGCAAGGUGACCCUCAGUUUCGAAGCCCCCGUGGUGCGCACUCGCGACUACAUCGAAUCGCUGGGCCCCAAGGAGAGCGUCUGUAUCUUCGUGGGUGCCAUGGCCAAGGGACACGAUGACUUUGCCGACUCCUUCAAGGACGACACGAUUUCCAUCAGUAACUACAGCUUGAGUGCCAGUGUCGCAUGCAGCAAGUUCUGCCAUGCCGCCGAGGAGGUGUGGGACAUUGUCUGAGCGCAGGACCUCGGACGCUCCUAUCCCGCUUCUCAGGAAUGGCCAAAGCUUGACGAGGUGACGAAUUUCCUUGCGCCCAUACAUCUGAAAUGGUACGAUCGAGAAACGGUCAGCGGGUCCUAGCUCGGGGACAAACCUGUCUUCCGCGCGUUGUUCGCGUAUUCUCUCUGCCUUGGGUGUAUUUGCAUCGCUU